AUGCUCCCCAUCUCGACACGACGAGGCCAAUGCCUUUUAUGUUCCAUUCGAACGCUGCUUGCGGCAUCGCCGAAACGAGCCCAUGAUCCACGGCGCCGAUUCACGAAUAAUGCCACUCUACUAGGACCACGGGAUCGAUUCCCGUCAUCGCGCCGCAAGGGAGAUUCUGGCCGAGACUCGAAAUCAUCCUCGAAGCCGAACCGAAGAUCCGGCCCGGUCGCAGCGAAACUCUCCCCCGAGACCAUACAGAAUCGGCUGCUUACCGGUUUAGAGAGUCUGAAGAAGCGCUUGUCCUCCACCAAGGUCGAUGACGAGUCGGAAGUGACACAGUUGGCCGCACUCGAUCCGGACCAUAAAUACUGGCCUGGAUUUAAGAGGAAACUUGAAGGUGUUGUGACCGGAGAAAAUAAGACGGCCGAAGACGACAGACUGCUGGCGGAAAUAGGACAUACACAGAACUCGUCAGACUGGCGCGCGGACCUCGAAAGAGUCCUCCACUUCAGUUUCAUCGACUACGUGCUCCAGAAGAAGGCCGAGCAGGAUCCUGGAAACCUGAAGUCCGUCCGGCCGGAUCUGCGAUAUCCCACAGAAUGGUAUACUCCUGCACGUCAGAUUCAGAGAGAUGUCCAUCUCCAUAUUGGGCCGACGAAUUCGGGAAAGACAUAUAAUGCGCUCAAGAGACUUGAGGAAAGUGGUUCGGGGUUCUACGCCGGGCCGCUUCGGUUACUGGCGCAUGAAGUGUUUUCGAGGUUCAAAGCGAAAGGGAUGGCGUGCGAUCUGGUGACUGGAGACGACGUCCGACUUGACGAUAAUGAAGAUGUCACGCUGUCUGCGUCGACGGUGGAAAUGGUGGACGUCACCACGCCCGUCGAGGUUGCAGUCAUUGAUGAAGUGCAGAUGAUGGCUUCGGAGGACCGUGGCUGGGCUUGGACCAGGGCGUUUCUUGGAGCCAAUGCGAAAGAGGUUCAUCUCUGUGGAGAGGCGAGGGUUCUCCCGUUGAUACGCGAAUUGACUGCUUCGACCGGCGACAGCUUGCAUGUGCAUGAGUACAAGCGUCUCAAUCCGUUGAAGGUGAUGGCAAAGAGUCUCGGAGGAAAUCUCAAAAACCUCCGCAAAGGUGAUUGCAUAGUCACCUUUUCCGUGUUCAGCUUGCAUGCCAUGAAGAAGCAGAUCGAGUUGGACACGGGUCGUCGAUGCGCUAUUGUAUAUGGCAGCUUGCCUCCUGAGACGCGAGCACAACAGGCCGCGUUGUUCAACGACCCGGACAACGAUUACGAUUAUCUGGUGGCAAGCGAUGCCAUUGGGAUGGGUCUGAAUCUGAGUGUCAAGCGAAUCAUCUUCCAUGGAACUCUAAAGUUCAAUGGCUCCUACACGGAACAAUUGACCGUCCCUCAAAUCAAGCAGAUCGGCGGUCGAGCUGGCCGAUACCGAAGCUCUCAUCAAGCCAUGAACAACAGCUCCAACAAGUCCGACACUGCCACAGAAGCCAAUGUCGGCCUGGUAACCACCUUGAACGAUGAGGAUCUUCCCAUCGUCCGUGACGCCAUGAACGCAGAAGAUCCUCCCAUCAGAUAUGCAGGUCUGCUACCACCGGGAGAUUUCUUGGAGGAUAUGGCCACUCGGCUGCCCAAAGGGAUACCGUUUGAAUAUAUUCUACAGCGCCUUCGUCGGUCUGCCUCUAUCCAUCGACGAUUCAAAUUGUGCAGUAUCCGCGACCAGAGCCGAAUUGCCCGCAUUAUCGAGCCUGUGAGAGGGCUGACGACCGCUCAACGAAUCGUGCUGACAGCUGCUCCCGGCCACAGUGCGUCGAGUGAAGUGACCCUGGCAAUGAAAGCUUUAGCUCGAGUCAUUGCCGAGCAAAGACAGGUCACAGUGGUGGAUGUUCCAGAAAUCAAUCUCGAGAUCCUGGAGAAACCCAUAUCAGGAGAUAGAGAAUACCUACAAAGCUUGGAGGAUCUCCACAAAGUCUUGAUCUUGUUCCUGUGGCUUAGUUACCGCUUCAUCGGCACUUUCAAGGACAGGGAUAUGGCCACAUAUGCCAAAGAGAUGGUGGAGGACAGGAUAAACACGUGUUUGCGUGAGUUUUCGGCAAAUCCAGAACUUCGCAAGCGUGUUCUUUCCUACAAGAAGAGAAUGGACUUCCCAAAGAUCCCCACGACUCACGAAUUUGGCGGGUCAAAUCUCGACUUCCCGGACUCUCAGGAAUCAGCGUUGCCGGUGGACUGGACUCGCGGGCCAGAGGACUCGGAGUUUCAAAAUGCUCGAUCUCAACAGUCUGCAGUUACCGCACAUGGAUAG